CUUCGCCGGGGAAGGGGCUGCUCGGAUCUGACCUUGGGGCCACAUUGCCGCCGGGGAUGGGGAACUGCUGCAGAUCUCCGGCCGCCGUCGCCCGGGAGGACGUGAAGUCGAACUUCACGGGCCACGACCACGGGAAGCGCGACUCCAGCGCCGGGCGGAAGCCGGCCCCCGUCACCGUCCUCGCCGGCGUCCCCAGGGAGAACAUCGAGGAGAGGUACCUGAUCGACCGGGAGCUCGGGCGGGGGGAGUUCGGGGUGACCUACCUCUGCAUCGACCGGGGCUCCCGGGAGCUGCUCGCCUGCAAGAGCAUCUCGAAGCGGAAGCUGCGGACCGCCGUGGACAUCGAGGACGUGCGGCGGGAGGUGGCCAUCAUGAAGCACCUGCCCCGGAACGCGAGCAUCGUGAGCCUGAAGGAGGCGUGCGAGGACGACAAUGCGGUGCAUUUGGUGAUGGAGCUGUGCGAGGGGGGCGAGCUGUUCGAUCGGAUCGUGGCCAGGGGGCACUACACGGAGAGGGCCGCGGCUGCCGUCACCCGGACGAUCGUGGAGGUGGUGCAGCUUUGUCAUAAGCACGGGGUGAUACACAGGGACUUGAAGCCGGAGAAUUUCUUGUUCGCUAAUAAGAAGGAGAAUUCGCCUCUGAAGGCCAUUGAUUUCGGAUUGUCCAUAUUCUUCAAGCCAGGUGAGAAGUUCUCGGAGAUCGUUGGGAGUCCUUAUUACAUGGCUCCGGAGGUGCUCAAGAGGAAUUAUGGGCCAGAGAUAGACAUAUGGAGUGCUGGUGUCAUUCUCUAUAUUCUGUUAUGUGGGGUUCCCCCAUUUUGGGCCGAGUCUGAGCAAGGUGUUGCACAGGCCAUCCUACGUGGAUUAAUAGAUUUUAAACGGGAUCCUUGGCCAAGUGUCUCAGAGGGUGCUAAGAGUUUAGUCAGGCAAAUGUUGGAACCGGAUCCGAAGCUUCGAUUAACUGCUACUCAAGUACUUGAGCACCCUUGGCUCCAAAAUGCUAAGAAGGCUCCUAAUGUCCCACUAGGAGAUGUUGUCAAAUCAAGGUUAAAACAGUUUUCCAUGAUGAACAGAUUCAAAAGAAAGGCUCUGAGGGUGAUUGCUGAUUUCCUAUCUGCUGAAGAAGUUGAAGACAUAAAAGAAUUGUUCAAGAAGAUGGACACUGAUGAUGAUGGUAUUGUUUCAAUUGAGGAAUUAAAAGCUGGGCUGAGAAAUUUUGGUUCUCAUCUUGCUGAAUCUGAAGUUCAGAUGCUCAUCGAAGCUGUGGAUGCUAAUGGCAAAGGGUCUCUGGACUAUGGAGAGUUUCUUGCUGUUUCACUCCAUCUUCAGAGGAUGGCAAAUGAUGAACAUCUGCGGAAAGCCUUCUCCUACUUUGACAAGGAUGGCAAUUCUUUCAUUGAACCUGAUGAGCUACGAGAAUCCCUAAUGGAAGAUGGGGCAGAUGAUUGUAGUGACAUAGCUAAUGAAAUCUUCCAGGAAGUGGACAAGGACAAGGACGGGAGAAUUAGCUAUGAAGAAUUCGCUGCAAUGAUGAGAACGGGAACAGACUGGAGAAAAGCUUCUCGUCACUAUUCGAGAGGGAGAUUCAACAGCCUAAGCUUGAAGUUGAUGAAAGACGGUUCUCUAAACUUGGGAGUCGAGUGAAUCGACACAAAAGGCUGACAUUGACUUCUACCCGUACAAGAGCAGAUUUGGAUCAUUUCCUAUACAUCGUAGACUUGGAUCCUUUUGUGAUUAUUUUCCAAGGCGUUGAUUGGAUGAGCCCUUUUGCAGACGAGUAUCAUGAAGGGCCGAGUGCAUCUAAGAUGCUCGUGCAGAUGUUUGUUGUUGCGGAGCGUGCAGUGCCUUGUAGCCAUUACUGCUAAGGUAUGGGCCUGUAUGAUCCUGUCCUUCCUAACCACGUCAGCUGUCUGUUUUUUGUUUCUGGUUGAUGAGCAUGAUGGCGAACUCUAGUGGCCUAGUGUAUUUUAGUGGCGAGAGAAUAUGUGCUGAGUAUCUGUAGUCCACUUCAUUCCAAGUGCUCCACCCAUGGGGGAAUGUUAUAGUAUUUGCCAAAACGUUGUAAAGAUCGAAAAAGAGGCACUUUGUUUAUUGACCCUUUUUAUGCUCCUGGACUAGUGGUUGUAAUCCUCCAUCGUCGAGUGGGACUUAGAGAUUUGCCAAA